GCUUACCAUUUGCGGGCCCUUGGUGUUUGCAUUGCGCUUAUGUGAGUCAGCACGCCAGCACCACCCGCUUCCUACGACCACCCGCUUCCUACGGCCACCCGCUUCCUGCGAUCACUCACUUCCCACGACCACCCACUUCCUGCGAUCACCCGGUUCCCACAGAUUAUGAGGCGAGAGGACGCUAUGGCUUCGCCUUUAAUUGGCCGUUUAAGCCGUCCAGUACGGUUUCUUAUCCGUACUCGCCCAGUCCAGCUUGAGAAGAUUCACCCUUCCGUUGACAAGGCUGACACCGAGUUACUCGAGCAAUUCUGGACUCAAAUAUCCGGGAGGACCGACACAACUGAAAUUUGCCAUUUGAUUACAAAGAUUUCAGACAGGAAGGGUUCGGAUCGAGUGGACAUUGUUUUUGACUACGGUGUGCCUUUAGAUGCGGACGGACCUAAUGUUAUGGCUUUUGAUGUGAAAUGCAGCGAUUCACGUUUGAUAGUCAAGCGACUGGCCAGUCCAGCCAUAUCGCCAAAGGUGAACGAGACGGUGAAGUGGUGGAGAGAGAUAAAUCUCGAACAUAAUAUCAGUUUUCCAAGUCGAACAGAUGUUCGGAGAAAGGGACGUGCUUAGGAACCAGCUUGAGAUAUAAACAUAAUCGCAGAUGCGGAUU